AUGUUCUUGCCAUCAAAGAAUGCAAGAAGACUCAAGUUACAUGCGGAAACUGCGACAAGAAGAGUUCAGAAGCUUCGUAUUGUUUCCAGUGUUGCAUAUUUUAUUGCGAGCAAUGCCUGGUUGGUCACAAUGAUGCGAGACAAAAAGGAACACCGCGUAUUGGCAGUGAAAGAGUUCCAAGACAAGGACUACGAGGAUGUAUUGAAGCGACCAGUGUUUUGUUCAAAGGAAAGACACCAGAAAGAAGAACUUAAAUACUACUGCAAAGAAUGCCAGACGGCUCUUUGCCAAACUUGCGUCACUUUGAAUCACGGAGGUCAUGAUUUGAGAUUAAUUGAAGAAGAAGCCGAAAACAAAACACUCGAAAUAAAAUCUCUCCUUCAAACGCAAAGAGAAAGGUUAGAUGCAAAACUGAACGUAACUGCUCAACUAGACGAGGACUGUGCUAAAGUGAUUCAACAAAGUGAAGUCGCCAAGAGAGAUAUCCAAAGGUUUGCUGAUGGCUUGAUCAAAACAAUUCAAGCAAAAAUGAAAAAUGUUAUUACCGCGGUGGAAAACCAAACAAAGAAGUCACUCGAAAGUUUAAAAGCAAAAAGAAGUGCGAUUCAGCAACAGAUAAAUGCCACCGAAUCAUCACUCGAGGAAGCUGAUAAACUUUUAAAACGAAGCACCACCGCGGAAGUUGUUGAAUUUAAAAAAUCAUUACAGACAAUCUUUCAUAGAGUGGAUCAGACCGAGCCCAUUGUUUAUGACCCCAGUAGUCUGCAAACUUUUGUUUCUGUAGAAAAUAAGAAGAUGCUCGGUAUUGUCAAUGGAGAAGAAAUUGGAGUUUUAGAAGAAGCUUUUCGAACUAAAGCAAGUGAAUCUCUGGCUGAAGGUGAAGGACUGAAAGAAGGAACUGUAGUGCGUAAAGCUCAAUUCAAUUUGACCACAAGAAACGCAGAGAGAAAGCAGGGGUAUAAUGAGAGGGACAUUGUCACGGUAGAGAUCAAGGACGAUCAAGGACAAGAAUGCGUGACGGAAGUACGAGUAGAUGAUAACAAAGAUGGGACCUACAAAAUCAGUUAUCAUCCCAGAGUUCAAGGGACAAUCAAAUUAUUAGAUAAGGUAAACGGGGAACAUAUUUCUUGUAGUCCUUUUACUGUGAUUUUAAAACCAUUUCAAGUCAAACCUGUUUUAUCUUUUGGAAGGGAAGACUCGGAUGAUGGAAUCUUUAGGUAUCCUCUGGGGGUGGCAGUAAGUGAUGGGGGCGAAAUAGUAGUACCUGAUAAGUGCAACCAUCGGGUUCAAGUGUUUGACAGUAAUGGCACUUUAUUAAGAUCCUUUGGUCACAAAGGUGAAAAUGCUGGAGAGUUCAACCGCCCUAUUGGAGUAGCCAUUAAUAAGGACAGGAAUAUUUUUGUAGCAGACACUUACAACCACAGAAUACAAAUCUUUAGUUGGGAGGGGAGGCACCUGGGUUCAUUUGGCGGCAAAGGAAGCCUUCAUAGUCAGCUCUCUUACCCUUGGGGUUUAUCCUUAGAUAGUACUGGUAAUCUUAUUGUGGCUGAUGAAGGUAACAAACUGAUUAAGAUUUUUACCCCGGAUGGUAGGUUUGUAAUGAAGAUAGGUGAACAGGGUUCUUUUAGUUUUCCUGUUCACUGUGUUCAGUGUGGUGAAUAUUUCAUGGUGUCAGACACAAAUGAACACUGUAUCAAAGUAUUUAACAGGGAGGGGCAUUUUCAGUACAAGUUUGGUAAGCAGGGGGAGGAGGACGGGGAGUUUAAUUAUCCAAGUUUUCUGUCAGUGACUCAGUCAAAGCACCUGUUGGUUUGUGAUCAGCAUAAUCAUAGAAUACAAGUCUUUGAACUAGAUGGGAAGUUGGUCGGAAAAUUUGGAACAAAUGGCAGCAAAUUAGGAGAAUUCAAUUAUCCAUUGUCGGUAGCUGUUCUAAGUGAUGAUCAAAUUGUUGUGUGCGACAACAACAAUUAUCGAAUUCAGAUAUUUCAAUAAAAAUUGUCCUUUUUUUCCUGAGAAAACUAUAUGAUAGGCAAAUCCCUCUUUGAUUAAUAAAUGUGUUUGUCAGUUGUACAGCAGUGCUAUAAUGUUAUUGUAGGCAAGUGAAGCCACAUUUAGUCCGAGGAAAAACCGUGUGGUCUUAAAUCAAGUUAUGUACAUAACUUCUUUGUUAAAGGAAUGAGUUAAUUUGAAUAUUCUUUUAAUAAAGUUCUGUAUUCGAUAAACGAUUUCUUCUUUAAUUCUUACUAAUAUUCAUUCUCAACCAAGUUACAGAAAGGUGGCAGUGGUAGGCUUUUUUAAAACAGAAAUACGUUAUUACUGAAUACCUAUUUGUGCUUCAGAAACUUUUAAAUAUUCAAUAAGCACAUUCUUGUGAAAGCACAUGUAAAAUUUAUCUGACUCUGAUGACCGAAAAGUCAGACGAGAGAUUUGAAUUCAGCCUUGGGGAGAUACGGAGUUGAAUGGCUAAAACAGUGGAAUGCUAUGCUACUAAUUAGGAUGGAGAGGUCAUUGGAAAUCAAUUAAAAAGUGAAAAAAUUCAACAAAAACCUUAUACAUGUAGAUUCCGAAAAAAAAGAUAUUCAACCUACUGAAACGACCAAAAGAGUGUCAUUCUAUUAGAGCUUAUUCUUAAAUAAAAUAAGGAGCUUUUUAACCUAGAAAACUCUGGCACUAAAAAGCAAAACAUGAGGGGCUGCUUAGCAUGUUAAGAAUGAGUCAAUUCUUACCUGUAUUCGAUUCCAUACAAUUCCCAAAACCCCUCAUGUCGCGUUUCAAUCACUCUCCUCCAAUAACUUCUUUUCUCUCGUGCUGUCAUCAACGGUGGAAAUAGAAAGGUUAAGCAACGACGAGAACGGCAAAGAGCAAUAGGUCUAUUCAUUUGUAAUAUGUACGCGUAUGGCUGUCGCAUUUGCAAUUAUUGUUUUUAAGUAAACAAUUAAAAAAUUCCAACGGGUAAAUGCGACGGCUUUAAGCUUUUGUUGCAAAUGAAUCCUUGUAUCCUCACGAUUUAUUUAAUUGCAUAAGUUUACUUGACCAACAUUUCCAUUUCGGAAGUUUGUCGUCGUCAUCAUUUUUCAAACAACACAAUCAAAAAGGGAAAUUUAUUAUUUAGCAAUGGUAUAGAAAUGAAAUAUUCCACGCACCGAGUCUUGUUCAGGUGUUCAAGACACUUGCUGCAGCGUUGUUCACUAAUGAUUUCUCGCCUUCUUAUUAGCAUGUGUACAGACGUCCCCCCCCCCCCUCAGGAAAAAUCGGUAGAGGAGUCUCCUCUCCCGAUUUUUCCUGAGGGAGCCGGGGGACGUCUGUACAUAGGCUACUUCUUAUGGUAGAUGAGAGUACAGUCCAUGGAAAUAAAGCGAUGGUGAGGUGAUUUGUUUUUCACUCUCUUAUCAGCCGCGCGAUUUUCGGAGAAACUUAAAAAAUAAAUGGACGUCAAGCUGUCAAUGUUAUUGUGUUUUGUGGUUUCUCUCGAGUUUUAAAAAAUGGAGAACAAUUUUCCAUGAUCGGAUUACUUAUCGAUCAUAGAUGAUGUGGUCAAAAUAAGUGUUAAACAAUUUGACGCCAUUUCUGUCGUGGAUAACAGCACACGUAUAGACCGUGGACAAUUGUCGCCAAUCGUCUUUUUACAAUAACAUAGUUAGUUUUUAACAUUUUAAGGUCAUUUCUGUGGUAGAUAACAGCACAUGUAUAGACUCUGGACAAUUGUUGUCGAUCCGCUUUUUAACAGUUACCCCAUUUCGAUUGUCUCUAUUCUCAUAUGCUGUAAAUCGCGAUGCUUUAUCCUCUACUUUAGAAACAAUAGGGGAACUGCGUGGAGCCGAAAUGUGCCCCGCAAUUGUUUCUGGGAUCGUUACUGGUGACGCAACGGUCAGCUAUUGGCCAAUUCUUUCCUUUUAAUUUGUACCUAGUAACAGUCCCAGACAUCUUUGCAAAAGUGACUCGGCCCAGUUUCCUCCCUUCUAAAGUGGCGAAUGAGAGUUCAGGUUUGUAGUUUUGUAAGUUCUUUUAUUUUGUUAGAUCGUUUCUUCCCUUUUCGGUCGUGGAGACAAAGAGCACGGAAGGAUACAAACUUCAAACUAACAACAUCAUUUAUUGAAUUUCAAAUAUAUUCUAUGCAAUAUUUGGUGCCAGUGUAUAACCCUUGAAGCCCUGAUAGAGUCUACCAUCUUAUUUUUCAUGCCUAAUCACCUCUAAAGGUGAGGUUUAGCCUGUUCCAGCCGUCACAGAUAGUAGAACGCAGGGGAAACAUUCACGAAGGAAAAAAAACACGAGGGCCACCAUCCGUUUUCCCGGUGUUCAAUUUAACUCGCUCCCCACUGACCGUUGCGCUCUACUAUCUGAACGCCUAGAACAGGCUAGGUGAUGUUACACGAGACGAUUCGCGACUACGAUUUUUAGUGCAACACAGCGUUUAAACAUUGUUGCGAAUAGUUACAACAUUGUUCCAACAUUGCAACGCUGUGUUGCGCUAAAAAUCGUCGUUGCGAACCGUCCCGUGUAACAUCACCUUAAAGCUCAUAAGAAACGGAAAAUAUCAACAAAGACAGAAUUGGAAUACGCCCCAAAAUUGGCCUUUUAAAAAAAUCCAUUGCUUAAUUGACCAAUCAGGUUGUAAGGAAAUCCAAAUCCAAUUUGUUGCCCGUUGAGGGUUGAGAACAAGCAUUUCAGCGUUGCUUCGCAGACGUAUUAACCGAAAUAAAACUACCCGAAUCGAGUUUUUGAAGCUGUUCAAAACACUCACAGCGCCACUUGUUUAAACGUUACAUGGUCUUUUUUACUGAGCGAUUUCUUACGCGUUUAUUUGUCGAGAGCUAUGGUCGAUGAGAAAACAGACCAUGGAAUAACGAGGACACUUUGUGAUGAUCAACAUAGAGUUCGUGCAACUCAACAUAGCCUGCAUUUCUGAGGAUACCGGAAUAAAAGUCUAUAAAAGCGAUGGCUCGCCAGCGAAAUUCAAACCUACUGCUUUAACACAAUGAUGUUUCCUUGAUGGCAAGUCGUCUAUUUUGUGCACGAGAAAACGUGACUCUCAUUUCUUUCUCAACAAAGAGUUUGUAGUCAGUUGUGUUAGUCUACGUCCUUCACUGAAAAGCACUUUGACCAGGGGCCUUUUUCUAUAUUCCCCCACCCCUGGGGGUCACCUUUGCUCGACCUAUUUUACGACCCCCUUGGUUUACCUAUGAUUCUACCCAAAGGGGAAGCUAAUGGCAUGAGGGUAAGUGGAAUUAUGUGUAUGGAGCCUCACUCACCCCAAACAUCGGCAUCCAGCAAGAUUUUCCUUGCUUAGAGUUGUUUCUCGUGUCAACUAUGCUUCAAUCUUAGACAAGAGAGCUUAAUUCUCUCUUGGCUUAGAAUAUAGAUUUUUACCCACAAUAAGAUUUAACAUUGCGGUCAAUUACGUAGGUCAAGUACGAGCUCAAGAGGCUUUAAAUUACACGACCCUCAAUAUAGGCGGGAAAGACUUUUAGUGUCAUUCACCCAACCUCUUACCGGCACGAGUAUAAUAUUCCUAAAGCUUAAUAUACUGAGCUUACCCAAAAAAGAAUUACGCUUAAGAUAAGCACAUUGCAAGAGAAAGAAUAGAUGUCAACUAAACGAAUUGAUAUCCCCCCCGCAAAAAUAAAUGGGGCCUAAGGGGGGGUCAGGGUAGUUACAACAUCCUGCUGCUGGCUUAUGCUGUGUUGUUAUCAGUGCCUAACGUGAUAAGCCCCACAAGAUUUGUAACAGAAACGAUGCUGUAUAGCCGGCCCUGUUAGGGACCUUUAACACUAUUAUAAUAUAUUAUAAACUUGUAUAAAUUUGGCCAAAAUUUUGUCGGAAAACGUGAACAACCUACUAAUUUUAAAACUAGUUUAAACCCUUAAGGGGAAGCGCGGCGGAUUGGUCCAUGGGUUAACUAUAUAACAUGGCAAUAUUAUUCUUUCACGGACAUUUGUUUAGACUCUGUCAAGGGGGGUUACUCCAUUAUAUUACCCACAUAGGUAUGUGCCGCCCUAAAGGGUAUAGUGUUUGAGGCCGUUUCGGCCUUUUAAGGCCGAAACGGUAAACCCCCCCCCCCCCCCCCCCCCUCCACCCAAAAAAAGGAAAAGAGCGGGGGAACACCAACCCCGCGCUUCAACAAUUUUGGUGUUUUUUCCUGCACGACAGUGCGGGCGGGAGGGGAGAGAGGGGAGAUACGGGGUGGGUCGUGACCUGUAAAAAAAAAAGUCACUUUUUUUUUUUUACAGAAGAAACCGGCAUAGGGGGUCGUGUUGUGACUGGAGUUCAGCAGGUUCUUCUCCCGAUUUUAAAUUACCCCCCAAGGUAUGGGCCCCCCUAAAGGGUUUAGUGUUUGAGGCCGUUUCGGCCUUUUAAGGCCGAAACGGUAAACCCCCCCCCCCCCCUCUCCCUUCAAACAAAAUAGAGGAGAGAGACGGAGCAACACUGACACAGGCUUACAGAUAUUUCGGUUUUAUCUACGCUGCUCACGCUCUUGAUUUUAUAUCCUUCAUAGUCGUGGCUUUGACGCAUUCUUGCUUCCGAAAGGAUUUAAUCUUCAUCUUGUUAUUGAUUUUACGUCUGGUGUAAGUUUCAAAAUAAUUGGCAUUUAAAAUAACAAACUAAAGUUAGCGCGAUAAGGACUCUUACAACAGCGAUCGUGAUUGGCACAUCGUCCUUUGUUUCCGAAAAAAGCUAAAGAUAGAAAGUCACAAGACUUCAUUGUUGGGCGUGGAGUGCAUCGAAGGUCAUUUUCCAUUUGUUCCUGAAGCCAUCAUGGAUCUUACAACGUUAUUUUACAAUCUUCGUGAAGAAGUGUCUUGCUCGGUGUGUUCGGACUUAUUUACGGAUCCUAAACAUCUCUCCUGUCUGCACAGUUUCUGCUUGAAGUGUCUGAAUCGAUGGUACGAAACGUGUGGCGGCGGACAGGCCAUUAAAUGCCCGAAGUGCCAAACCCUAAGCAGAGUACCUGCGAGCGGUGAUCUGAAAGAUCUUCCAACCAGUUUCUAUUUGAACGGCUUAAUCGAUGUUCUUGCUAUUAAAGAAUGCAAAAAGACUCAAGUGACAUGCGGAAAUUGCGAGAAGAAGUGUUCGGAAGCUUCGUAUUGUUUCCAGUGUUGCAUGUUUUAUUGCGAGCAUUGCUUAAUAUGUCAUAAUACCAUGCGGGACAAAAAAGAUCACCGCGUAUUGGCGUUAAAAGAAUUCCAAAGCAAGGACUACGAGGAUGUGUUGAAGCGACCAGUAUUUUGCUCAAAGGAACGACACCAGAAAGAAGAGCUUAAAUACUACUGCAAAGAAUGCGAAACAGCUCUUUGCCAAACUUGCGUCACUUUGAAUCACGGAGGUCAUGAUUUGAGAUUAAUCGAAGAAGAAGCCGAAAACAAAACACUCGAAAUAAAAUCUAUCCUUCAAUCGCAGAGAGAAGAGUUAGAUGCGAAACUGAACGUAAUUGCUCAACUAGACGAGGACUGUGCUAAAGUGAUUCAACAAAGUGAAAUCGCCAGGAGAGAUGUCCAAAGGUUUGCUGAUGGUUUGAUCAAAACAAUUCAAGCAAAAAUGAAAAAUAUUAUUACCGCUGUGGAAAACCAAACGAAGAAGUCACUUGAAAGUUUAAAAGCAAAAAGAAGCGAGAUUCAGCAACAGGUAAAUGCCACCGAAUCAUCACUGGAGGAAGCGGAUAAACUUUUAAAACGAAGCACCAAUGCGGAAGUUGUUGAACUCAAAAAAUCACUACAAACAAUUUUUCAGGGAUUGAAUCAAACCGAGCCUAUUGUUCAUGACCCAAGUAGUCUGAAAACUUUUGCUUUCGUGGAAAAUCACAAGAUGCUUGAUAUCGUCAACAAGGAAGAAAUUGGAUUCUGGAAAGAACCCCACCGAACAAAAGCAAGUGAUUCUCUGGUUGAAGGUGAAGGACUGAAAGAAGGAACUGAAGCCCGUGAAGCUCAAUUCAAUUUGAUCACAAGAAGCGCGGAGAAAAAGCAAGGGUACAAUAAACAUGACCGUGUAACGGUGGAGAUCAAGGACGAAAAAGGACAAGAAUGCGUGACGGAAGUACGAAUAAAUAAUAACAAAGAUGGGACCUACAAAAUCACUUAUUAUCCCAGAGUUCACGGGACAUUCAAAUUAUUAGUUAAGGUAAACGGGGAACACAUUUCUUGUAGUCCUUUUGCUGUGAUUUUAAAACCAUUUCAAGUCAAACCUGUUUUAUCUUUUGGAAAGGUAGGCUCGGGUGAUGGAAUGUUUAAUAGUCCUUAUGGAGUGGCUGUGAGUGAUAGGGAUGAAAUAGUAGUAGCUGACUAUGCGAACCAUCGGGUUCAAGUGUUAAACAGUAAUAAUACUAUAUUAAGAUCCUUUGGUCACCUAGGUGUGAAUGCUGGAGAGUUCAAAUACCCUUAUGGAAUAGCCAUUAAUAAGGACAGGAAUAUUUUUGUCGCAGACAAUAACAACCACAGAAUACAGAUCUUUAGUUGGGAGGGGAGGCACCUGGGUUCUUUUGGCGGCCAAGGAAGCCUUGAUAGUCAGCUCACCUUCCCUUGGGGUUUAUCCUUAGAUAGAACUGGUAAUAUUAUUGUUGCUGAUAGAGGUAACCAACUGAUUAAGAUCUUUACCCCGGAUGGUAGAUUUGUAAUGAAGAUAGGUGGACAGGGUUCUUUUAGCUAUCCUGUUCACUGUAUUCAGUGUGGUGAAUAUUUCAUAGUGUCGGACUCAGAUGAACAUUGUAUCAAAGUAUUUAACCGGGAGGGGCAUUUUCAGUACAAGUUUGGUAAGAGGGGGAAGGGGGACGGGGAGUUUAAUUAUCCACGUUUUCUGUCAGUGACUCAGUCAAAGCACCUGUUGGUUUGUGAUGGGAAUAAUUUUUAG